AACGGUUUUAAGCUUUUAACAAACUUUUAUCGCCAAUCCACUGCCUGAAGUAUAUGAGUGCACCAAUAGAUUACCAUUUUGGACACUGAUGCACAGAGAGAAAAUGACACAAGUGAGAAGAAGGGACGUUUGUUCCGACCAAGCACACGAGGAUAAGGACGAAAUCUGAUAUAUUUACCGCGGGCGAACGAAGCACUUUAUUUUUUCUAUAUAAACCCCAUCUAGCCUUGUGAUUUUUUGCUACCACUUGAGGUCUCAUCCCCACCACUAUUUUCUCAGAAAAUUUUUGGGUUCGCAUUCUGGGUUUCUUUGGUCCUUCGUUUCUUGGAAAGUUUCUUGACUUGGGUUUGUUUCGGUUUCAUUCUUUGUGUUCACUGAAACAAAGAUAUUGAAGACAUGGCUAAUACUGUGCAUUUUGUGUUUGGAAUUUUUGGAAAUGCCACUGCUCUGUUUCUCUUCCUGGCACCAAUAAUUACAUUCAAGAGGAUCAUUUCAAAGAGAUCAACUGAACAGUUCUCUGGCAUUCCGUACGUCAUGACCUUGCUCAACUGCUUGCUUUCUGCUUGGUAUGGCCUGCCAUUUGUGUCACCAAACAACUUGCUAGUGUCAACAAUUAAUGGCACUGGUGCAGUAAUUGAGUCCAUAUAUGUUGUGAUCUUCCUCGUAUUUGCACCCAAGAAGGAAAAGGGCAAGAUCCUGGGGAUCCUUACCUUUGUUCUCUCCGUUUUCGCCACCGUCGUCUUCAUUUCCAUCUUUGCUCUCCAUGACAAAAGUAGGAAGCUUUUCUGUGGUCUUGCUGCCACAAUCUUCUCCAUUAUCAUGUAUGGUUCACCUCUGUCAAUCAUGAGGUUGGUGAUCAAAACGAAGAGCGUGGAAUUCAUGCCAUUUUUCUUGUCUCUGUUUGUGUUCUUGUGUGGCACAUCUUGGUUUGUCUUUGGCCUGCUCGGAAAGGACCCUUUUAUAGCAAUCCCAAACGGAUUUGGAUGCGGAUUAGGAGCAGUGCAGCUGAUCUUGUACGCAAUUUACCGCAACAACAAAGGCGAACAAAAGAAAGCUACCACUGAUGGAUCAAUGGAGAUGGGACUCAGCAAUGGCAAGAAUCAGAAAGAAGAACUUUCAAAAAUGGAUCAACAUCAGAAUAGCAACGUUUAGAGGCGUGUUCGAAAUUUCUUUGAAAUAAUUGUAACCCUUGUUAAGGUCUUGUUAAUACUGUAUUUCUCUUUCACUAAACAUUUGUACGACUUAUGCCCAUGCCCACGAAUUUUUUUGGUACUUGGUCUCGACCCAUCUGAUUAAACAAAACGAACUCAGUUUUAAUUGAUCUUAGAAUCGGGUAGGCUCAAUUUAAGAUUAAACCCAACUUGUACACACACCUAUAUGUGCGUGUGUGUGUGUGUAUACUAAUACUUGCACACGUGCAUUACAUGUGAACAACUUUGAAAAUAUAUAAUUGCAUAGUAAAGUUGCGG